AGUUUCCUCAAGUGUUAGGCGGGCUGUGGGGCCAGCGGGCUCCAAAAGUCUUCGUCUUAGGAUCGCGGGCCCCAGCCGCCGCCCUUCCACCGCGUCUGGGCCGGUCGCCCCCUCCGUUCGUUCAGCUCCGCCAGCGCCCCGAGACAAUUCUCGCCUUGUCUAGGGCGCCGGCAUCUCGAGUUUUCUGUAACCUUCGGCUACGCCUUUUUUCCAGGGCGGAGCCCCAACACGGCUCCUCCUUGCAGCGGGCCGCACAGCAGCCCCGGUCCUUUUUCCCAGAGCCCCUCUCCGGAGUUGGGAUCCAGGCGCACAGCCCGAGCUGCCUGCCGGCCUGUGUGCCCCUCGGCUCUCUCCACGCCAUGGCCUCGGGCCCGGGACUCCGGCUCCUGCUGCUCCUGCUGCUGAUGCUGUCGCCUCCUCCUGCGGCCUCGGCCUCAGAUCGCCCCCGGAGUAGCGACCCCGUCAACCCAGAUAAACUGCUGGUGAUCACCGUGGCCACAGCCGAGACAGAGGGAUACCGGCGUUUCCUGCGAUCAGCAGAGUUUUUCAACUACACUGUGCGGACCCUGGGCUUGGGAGAGGAGUGGCGAGGGGGUGAUGUAGCCCGAACAGUUGGUGGAGGACAGAAGGUCAGGUGGCUAAAGAAAGAAAUGGAGAAAUAUGCAGACCGGGAGGAUAUGGUCAUCAUGUUUGUGGACAGCUAUGAUGUGCUUCUGGCUGGCAGCCCCUCGGAGCUGCUGAAGAAGUUUGUCCAGAGUGGCAGCCGCCUGCUCUUCUCUGCAGAGGGCUUCUGCUGGCCCGAGUGGGGGCUGGCGGAGCAGUACCCUGAGGUGGGCACGGGGAAGCGCUUCCUCAACUCUGGUGGAUUCAUUGGCUUCGCCCCUGUGAUCCACCAAAUCGUUCGCCAGUGGAAGUACAAAGACGACGAUGACGAUCAGCUGUUCUACACUCGGCUCUACCUGGACCCAGGACUGAGGGAGAAACUCGGCCUUAGCCUGGAUCACAAAUCUCGGAUCUUUCAGAACCUCAACGGAGCUCUAGAUGAGGUGGUGUUAAAGUUUGGGCGGAAUCGUGUGCGAAUCCGGAACGUGGCCUACGACACGCUUCCUGUUGUGGUCCAUGGGAACGGUCCUACUAAGCUCCAGCUGAAUUACCUGGGAAACUAUGUCCCCAAUGGCUGGACUCCUGAGGGAGGCUGUGGGUUCUGUGACCUGGACCGGAGGACACUCCCGGGGGGGCAGCCUCCCCCCCGGGUGCUUCUGGCCGUGUUUGUAGAACAACCUACCCCGUUCCUGCCCCGCUUCCUACAGCGGCUGCUGCUCCUGGACUAUCCCCCUGACAGGGUCACCCUCUUCCUGCACAACAACGAGGUGUACCACGAGCCACACAUUGCCGCCUCCUGGCCACAGCUCCAGGACCACUUCUCAGCUGUGAAGCUGGUGGGGCCUGAGGAGGCCCUGACCCCAGGCGAGGCCAGGGACAUGGCCAUGGACACUUGUCGGCACGACCCCAAGUGUGAAUUCUACUUCAGCCUGGACGCUGAUGCCGUCAUCACCAACCCGCAGGUCCUGCGCAUCCUCAUUGAAGAGAACAGGAAGGUGAUAGCACCCAUGCUGUCCCGCCACGGGAAGCUGUGGUCCAACUUCUGGGGAGCCCUGAGCCCUGACGAGUACUACGCGCGCUCAGAGGACUACGUGGAGCUGGUGCAGCGCAAGCGAGUGGGCGUGUGGAACGUGCCCUACAUAUCGCAGGCCUACGUGAUCCGGGGGGAGACCCUGAGGACAGAGCUGCCCCAGAGGGAGGUGUUCUCGGGCAGCGACACUGACCCGGACAUGGCCUUCUGCAAGAGCGUGCGGGACAAGGUGAGCGGGACCUGGGGCUCAACGCGGGGGUGCUGGGAGGCAGCCCCCUCAAUCUCUGUCACCCUUCUCACACCCUCCCCCCUCACCCAGGGCAUCUUCCUCCACCUCAGCAAUCGGCACGAAUUUGGCCGCCUCCUGGCCACUUCCCGGUACGAUACAGACCACCUGCACCCCGACCUCUGGCAGAUCUUCGACAACCCCCUGGACUGGAAAGAGCAGUACAUUCACGAGAACUACAGCCGGGCCCUUGAAGGGGAGGGACUCGUGGAACAGCCCUGCCCAGAUGUGUACUGGUUCCCUCUGCUGUCGGAGCAAAUGUGUGAUGAGCUGGUGGAAGAAAUGGAGCACUACGGCCAGUGGUCAGGAGGCCGGCAUGAGGAUUCAAGGCUGGCUGGAGGCUACGAGAAUGUGCCCACCGUAGACAUCCACAUGAAGCAGGUGGGCUAUGAGGACCAGUGGCUGCAGCUGCUGAGGACAUAUGUGGGGCCCAUGACCGAGAGCCUGUUCCCAGGCUACCACACCAAGACCCGGGCGGUCAUGAACUUCGUGGUCCGCUACCGGCCGGAUGAGCAGCCCUCUCUGCGGCCCCAUCACGACUCAUCCACCUUCACCCUCAACGUUGCCCUCAACCACAAGGGCCUGGAUUAUGAGGGAGGCGGCUGCCGUUUCCUGCGCUACGACUGUGUGAUCUCGUCCCCACGGAAGGGCUGGGGGCUCCUGCACCCUGGCCGUCUCACCCACUACCAUGAGGGGCUGCCCACCACACGGGGCACUCGCUACAUCAUGGUGUCCUUUGUCGACCCCUGACACUCAACCACUCUGCCCAACCUUCUCUGCCAUUGUGCCUUCUCGCGCUCCCUCCUCGGAGGGGGUGUGCCCUGCCUCUCGGCGCAUGUUCCGUGUGUCUGGGACUGAAUGUGUUGCCCUGCCCCCACCACACGGCCCUCGGCCCUCGGGAAGCUCAGGAAGCCCCCUUGCCCUGCUCCUCAGCCCCCAAGCAUUCCCAGGGAGAGGGCUUCUAGGGGUUCGCCAUGUAAUAAGUUAUUGUUUCUCAGUCUUCCUCAAUAAAGGAGGAUUUGUAA